AUGCCGAAGAAGCCGCAGCACUUGAGCCUGGUCGCCAACAUGGCGGGCGGAUACGAAAGCGGCCCCAGCAAGCCCAAGUACAGCCUGACUCUGCACAACGGCAAGCACGCCCCAGGAGGCAAGCACCUGCGCGAUGGCCACCAGCAGCGCCAGCACCUCAAGGCCGUGGAAGGAGUCGUCUCCGCCGAGGAAGUGGUGGGCGUACACCUGAGGACCGGCGCAAAGGCAGCGGCUGCCGCGGGCGAAACUUCGGGCAAUAUUACCAGGUCAAUAGGGGAAAGCGGCAAUGGAAGGGAAGGCGCCAAGGACGAAAGUGACAAUGAGCUGGGAGGCGGCGGAAUGGCAAACGGUGUCAUGAGGGCACAAAAAAAAAGGCUGUGGUAUCAUUGAUGAAAACCCCAUGUUGAAUGGAUUUGAGAUAGAUCGUCUUCACUGAGAUUGAUGAACUAUGCAAAGGAACUAGUGAGAUGUUGGAUCUACCAAGUGAAAAAAACCGCCAAUUAUGGCGAAGCGGACAGAGUGUCAAAGAUGAACAAAGAGUUGGAACAAUUAAGCCCCAACAAUUAACCCACUGAGCAAACAAGAAACGAAGCAAAUCGAAUCGAAAACGAAAUCAAGACGCCUACCAAUCAUUUUUAAAGUAAGGUCGAGAAUAUGCCAACAAUUUAAGUAAUGCAAAAUUUAAGAAACACCUUGUAAAUAUACGAGUUUAGAAAUCAAUAAUGAACAACAUGCAUAUGAUAGCAAAUGAGUUAAAUUAAAGAAAAUAUUAAGACGAAUUUAAGGUCUAGCAUUUAGCGACACAGUUUGUUUAUAAAACGAAGCAAGAAAAAUUAUAUUGAGUAACACCUAUACGAAUAACUAGCUUAGAAUAAUAUUUAAUUAACUUGUAGUAAUCUUUCGGGAAGAACUCUGAAAAUCUGCAAACUAACUGUACAUGCCUGUGAACCUACCCCUGACUAAACCUGAACUAAACCCUAUAAGAGCCUACACUUACACUACUUAAGUCCCACUGUACAUUUUCUGUGUAUAAACUUAUAGACAUAGAUUGUUUGCUAUAGAUGGAAACGACACGUUAGGCGAAAUUACGUAGGAAAAACCUCGACUGAGGUAGAAGAUGAUAAAAUUGAACGGAAUUUAACGGACCAAGAUAGCGUGCAGAGCGUCUACGCCUAAACCAAGUAAAAUGAAGUUUUCAUCAAUGAUUUGUGAUUAAAUAUUCAACUAUUUAUAGACACGCAGAUGCGAGUAUUCAGUUCUUAAAGCUAACUUUAAUUUAUGGAAACGUACUACCCGCAAACAAAUGACUCUGACUAUAAAAGAAAGCACUAUGGAUAUAAUAGAAAUAAAAUAAAUCGUAUUUAUAAUUAAUAUUAACGGAUAAUCAUGUAUAUGUUCCUUUUAAGUUUAAUGCGCAUUAGUAUCACCCGAACACUUCCUAAGAGUUAAACGUAGUAGCUUCGUAGUAGUUUAAAAAAGCAGCAGCAAAGAUAAAAUAAUUUUAAACAGCCGGAUAUAUACAUAGGAAAACAAUAGGCGUGUUGGAAGUAGCGUUUAAUAUAAACAAGACAAGACACUUUACACCCAUCACAUACACAGAAAAAUUAGUUUAAAUAGCAAAACAUUAAAAAAAGAAAACCAAACAGGCACACAAUCCACACAAACAAUGUUUAAAAUGUUUGUGCAAAAAUUUGAAAAGUUUUUAUCAAGGAAAAAAGAUAACAGGAUAAAAUUAAGCAAAAGGUUAAAACAAUAUUUAAAAGUAUUUAAUAAUAUUAAGCUUCGGAAUAUGUCCUUAUGUAUUUCUCAACUUUCUGCACAAAUUCUAAACUUUCCAACUUUCCAUUGCACCAACGGUUUGCCAGCUUUGGCCCCCUGACUACACAUUUCCAGCAAGACACGAUCAAACACCGCAUGAUAAAACACUGUCUGACACUGAAAAAUUACUAUCGAGCAUAAACAAAUCACGAACCUACCCACAAGACUUGUGUAAAUUAUAGAAACAUAAAAGAAAGCUAAUAAAAUAAAAGUUAGACAGUAAGUAAAAAAAGAGAUUUUGUAAAAAUUAAUAAAAGUAGGUACACUGUAAAAACUUAUAUGCUAAUGUAACUAUUCGAUCUUUCGGAAAUCACGGCAAAUGUCAUAUAAAUUGUUUAUUUCCGGUGCGCUUUGCGGUCUAUAGACCGACUAGUUUAAUUUCUAAAUUAAUUUAAAUGCAUUUAUUAUGUGUACAAUUUUCAAAGGCAAAUAUAUAGUAUUCAAUUAUUUAAACAGCAAA